AUAAAUUACGACUCUAUGAAUAGACGCACAGACAAUUUGAAGUCUUUCUUAUGUCACUUAUCUGUGCCGACUGUCUCUUGACUUGACUCAAACACUUGUGUUGAUGAAUCACUUGAGUAAAUUUUGGACAAAGAACGAAAAUAAGAAUCUUUAUUAUUACUUAUAAGUGACAGUGUAGUGUAUUCUCCGAAAUGGGAUGUCAGGCGUGUCUGACCCGGGUGCCUUAUGCAACCCUUAUAGCAACCAUUAUGUGCUGCAUGGGCGUGGGAGUGUUUUGUGGCACUAUGUACAAAGGGUCGCAGUUAUCAAUACAGAUGUUCGACCAAGUAUUUCACUUUCGACUGAUAUGGAUGGAAGCAUUGAAGAUGAUAUUUGUCGUCGGCAGCGCGUGCAUGGCAGCUCUAGGGCUAAUGCUGCUGUGCCUCGGCUGCUUGACGACAGGGGCGACGCGACAGAAGGUGUACCGGGCGUGGCGCGCGCGAGUCAGCGGCCGCGUGUCCUGCGCGGUGUUCAUGGUUAUCACUUACAUACUAACCUUCACCUGGAUCGUUCUACUGGGAUUCCUGGUCAUAACAACAUUCUUAUUUACCAUCUUCUGGAAGCUGUGUUCCAAACCCGAGAACAUCAAGUUGGCUACGUGCAUUGACUUCACGCAGUUUGAUUUUAUGUUCCCUUCCAAUGUGAAACAAGAAGACAUGAAAAUCUGUGAUUCGCAAAUGAUGAAAUUUUUUUGCAAAGAUUAUGUGGAGAAGGCAGAAUUUAUGUUUAUUUUGGCUAUGGUGUCAUGUGUACUUGUAAUACUAAGUUUAGUACACUACCUUAUGUGCCUGUCUGCUAAUUAUGCACACAUUAGAGAUCAUGAGAAGUUCCAAGAACUACAAGAGCUGCAGUAUUUGACAAACCCUGACUUGCAUGCAUCCAAAGAUCGUUUCUAGUACAUAGCCCGCGCACCCCUUCUGCGCUCUCUGGAGGCCACUACUAAAAUGUGACAUUAAAAUAGAAAGAAAGAUUGAAAUUCCACAGUUUUGUGUUCACCUAUACAUUUAUGUAAUUGAUAAAGACUGACCUGCAGUGAAUUAGCCCUAAACCAUUGUAAUGUAACAUCUUGAAUGAUAAAUAUUCAUUCACAUUUUUACAUAUCUAAAAUGACUAUGUGCUACUGUUUUGCACAUGGUACUUAAAAGCAAUUUAAGUUUGCCCUUAAUGUUCUGAAUUACUUGUGCUCAAAGUUUUUUCCAGAUAAAUGACUAUUCUCUCUUGAUAUAUUGUUAAUUGUGUUGCAACUUACCUUCUGCUAGAGCUACUAUUGUUUGGCAAUCAACUUCCUACAUUACUAGUUGCAAUGGAAACAUUUCCUCUUGCUACCUGCAAUUACCCAUUUAGGCAGCUUAUUUUAAGUAUUUUAAGUAGACUGAUUACAAUUUGAGUUUGGUCCAUUUUCCUACAUUCCUCUAGUUUUAAGUGAUAUAUUAUAUUGACUUAAGUGUAUAAGUAAUUGUAAGAAACACUUAGUGCAUACCUUUUUAUAUAUUUAGAAUAUUUUUAUUUUAUUCAAAUAGGUGCUUUAACAAAAUUUUAUUUUCUAUGACAACACUUUUUUUAGGUGACUUUGGCAUCUGCCCGACAGCUAUGAGCCACUUUACAUCACCUUUGUACCUGCUAACAGAUUUAUAUUCUUAGCCAACAUUGUUUUCUUUAAGUUGAUGUGGUAUUUUUAUCCUCUCCCUCCACAUAUUAUUAGCCCAUCUGGUUGACAUUAAGUGUACAAUAAGUGUAAAACUUGGGCACAUUAAAGUUCACAUUUAUGCCAAUAUAUAUGUGCACAGUAAUUUCUUUAAUUUAACAACUAUGCACUAAGCACAUAGCCUUGCUUAAGUAAUUGUAACAAAAUAAUAUCACAAUGAAACAACACUGUUUACUGCAUUUUUAUGUUUAAGAUAUUCAGGCAAUAAUCUAGGUAUUUUCCACCUGUUACCACUGCUAAUAGAGGUUUUUUUUUCUCAUCUCCGUUCCCAGUGUGAAUUUACCACUGACAACAGGCAAAGUAAAUUAAUAUUAAUGAUUAGGAUUAUUUUCUCUGGUGUUUGGGUCAAAAUUAUUUUAAUUAUCAUGUUUUUCGUCCCCAAAAAAUGUCACAAAGUAUAGCUUUUUGUAUGGGAAUUAUUUUGAGUUAUGAAUUUUUUCAAGUCAAAAUAAUCUACAGCUAUAAUGACAUACAAUAGCACUCAACUUAAAUUAUUUAUUUGAUAGAAGCCACAAAUACAUGCGUGAAAACAAUGUUGACCUGUUUACAGUGGUAACAAAUGAGAAUUUUUUUUUUUUUCAUUUGGUGGUAACAGCCGGGAAUAAUACAUUAUUCCAAACUCUAAAUGUCACAAGCACAAAGAUGGAUAAUUCAAAAGGCUUGGACAAAGUAUUCUAAAAUGUAACUUAGUAAUAUUUGUACAAAUAAUACCUGAUACUGAUAGUCAUACAGUUUGAUAUGAAUGCACAUUCACGUUAAUGUACCAACAGUGUCAUAGGACUAACACAAGAAUUGUAAGCUCUUUUUUGAGUAUGCUGGUAAACCACUAUUCUUUUUAUAUCUAACAUUUAAUUUCAAACAUGUUCCAACUUGAAUAAUAUAAAAGAAUAAAAAAGGGAACUGAACUGAUAACCAAAGAUUGGGAACUGAAAUACGUAUAAGUUGUAAAAUAACCCUUUUGGUAAUUUUGCCCGUUGGUCUUGUCAAUUUUAACACACUUGUAUGUCUUCUAACAAGAAUAUCGAGUUAAUAUGGUGUUUUUUUUUGGUACAAUAACUAAUUUUGACUGAUAAAGACAAAAAUAGUAUGUGCAGUACUGUCGAUGCACUUAAUAUCUACCUAAUAAGGAUUCAUAUCCUCCCAAUGUGAAAUUUGACAGUAUUUUCCUUAGGUUAAUGUAAAUUAUAAAUCUUUGUAUACAUUUUGCCUAGACUUAUGUUGUUAGCAAUCGUAAUAAGUAGGUAAAUAAUAUGAUUUUUAUAUGAAUAAAGGUUCUUUACAAAAAAAA